CGAGGAUAUAUGGACAGCAUGGCUUUGGUCUCAGCGAUGGAUCUCAGCUUCUUCGGGAAACAUCAAGCGGGAUUAGGCACGUUGAGAGAAUCAAACCGGAUCCUCAGGAUGGCUGACGGUUCAAAAAGAAAGUCGGCGGGUAGGGUCAAAGCUAACUUCAUCCUCAACUACGAAGGAGGGCAGAUAAAAGCGCCUUUCACGAUGGAGGUAGUCGAGGCGAACGAGUCUUGGGAUAUUCUAUUCGGUUUACCUCUACUGGUUCAGACGAAAGCGACAAUCGACUUCGGAAAUCGACUCCUCAAAAUUACGGGUGGAGGU